UAACGAUAUUUCAAACAAUAAAUUUAUGCAAUGAUAGUUCGUCGAAGACGAAGAAUAUUAGAUAACAAGCAAUCGCAAGUACAAAGCGCCAAGUUUGAGUAUGAACAUAUUUCUACUAAUUGUACUGAAAAUGUUCAACGAGAUGAGAAAGAUGAAAUUACAAAUACAAUCGAAAAAUUUAAAACAGUAGAAAUACCGGUAAAUACAGCACUAAAAACUCGAAUUAAAAUUAGUUUAGAGAUUGAUUUAAUUUCAGUUAUUUUAUUGGUAACUGGAAUUGUUACUCGAUUUUAUCGUUUAGAAGAACCACGGAGUAUAGUGUUUGAUGAAUUACAUUAUGGAAAAUAUGUAGGGCUUUAUAUGAAAAAAACAUUCUUUUUUGAUUCACAUCCUCCUUUAGGAAAGCAACUUAUUUCUGCAGCAGCGUAUAUAGCUGGUUUCGAUGGUCAAUUUAAAUUUGAUAGAAUAGGUAGUCCUUAUUCGGAUAUUGUGCCUUUAUUCGCAUUACGAUUAGUACCGGCAUUAUGCGGCAGUCUAUUAAUUCCCACAGCUUAUCAUUUAAUUUUGGAAUUAGGUCUAAAACAAUGGACUGCUACUUUAGCGGGAACUUUAUUAUUAUUCGAUAAUGCUUUGUUAACUCAAUCUAGAUUUAUUUUAAUGGAAAGUAUUUUAAUGCAAUUUUCAUUAUUUGGAUUAAUAUGUAUAAUGAAAUUUAGAAAAGUAAUGGAUCAACCAACAAAUUUAUCUUGGUGGAUGUGGUUAAUUUUAGGAAUUGCAAAUUUAACAUGUGCAUUAUGUGUCAAAUAUAUUGGAUUAUAUUCAUUGAUUUUAUCAUUAUUUUUAAUUGCUUAUGAUUAUUGGAAUUUAAUACCGAGAAAAACUUUAUCUAGUACAGUAUUAUGCAUUCAUCUUAUAAUAAGAAUUUUUGUAAUAUUAAGUAUUAUUUGUAUUAUAUAUUUGACUGUGUUUUAUAUACAUUUAACAACACUUUCUAAAGCUGGACCACAUGAUUCAGUAAUGACGAGUGCUUUUCAAGCAAGUUUAGAUGGUGGUUUAGCUAGUAUUACAAAAGGCCAACCUCUUGAAGUUACACAUGGAUCACAGAUUACUUUAAGACAUACAUAUGGAAGAGCUUGCUGGCUUCAUAGUCAUAAUCAUAUGUAUCCAUUAAGAUAUCCAGAUGGAAGAGGUAGUUCUCAUCAACAACAAGUUACUUGUUACUCAUUUAAAGAUGUUAACAAUUGGUGGAUUGUAAAAAAACCAGAAAGAAAUGAUUUAGUUGUUACAAAACCUAGUGAACCAAUAAAGCAUGGUGAUAUAAUACAAUUAGUACAUGGAAUUACAAGUCGAGCAUUAAAUUCACAUGAUGUUGCUGCUCCAAUGACACCUCAGAGUCAAGAGGUAUCUUGUUAUAUUGAUUAUAAUGUAUCUAUGCCUGCUCAAAAUUUUUGGAAAGUGGAGAUUAGUAAUAAAGAUAGUACUGGUGAUGUUUGGCAUGCAAUUCAAAGUCAAAUACGAUUGAUACAUGUAAAUACAGAUUAUGCAUUAAAAUUUAGUGGAAGACAAUUGCCUGAUUGGGGUUUCAAUCAGCAUGAAAUAGUUGCAGAUAGAUUAAUAGAUCAAACAGAUUCCAUAUGGAAUGUUGAAGAACAUAGAUAUACUAAAAGUGAAGAUCAGAAACAAAGAGAAAGGGACUUGAUUAAUGCUGAAAUGAUUCCAUUACAAGCUACUACUUUGAAUUUUUGGGAGAAAUUUAUAGAAUUACAAAUAAAAAUGCUAUUUAGUGGUCAAGAAGGACAAAAUAGUCACAUGUAUUCUAGUGAUCCCUUAGAUUGGCCAUUAAUGUCUAGAGGAAUUGCAUAUUGGGUUUCCAAUGAUAGUAAUGCUCAAGUGCAUCUUUUAGGAAAUAUAGUAAUUUGGUAUUCUGGCACAAUAUGUAUAAUUAUAUAUUCACUUCUUUUAAUAUUUUAUAUUUUAAGACGAAGACGAAUGUGUUUUGAUAUUACAUAUGAAGAAUGGAACAAAUUUUCUAAUAUUGGAAGUAUCUUAUUAACUGGAUAUUUGUUACAUUUUUUACCUUUUAUAUUUAUUGAAAAGACUCUGUUUCUUCAUCAUUAUUUACCGGCAUUCAUCUUUAAAUUAUUGCUUACAGCAGCAACAAUAGAACAUCUGUAUUAUCUUAUUAGGUAUGUUGGAAAAUAAUUAUUUCUCUCUUAU